UUGAUGGUUGCUUGCGACGCUUUGAAGCGCAAAAAAAUCGAACAAACCGAGCCAAAGGAAUCGUCGGACACCCAACACGUGGGCGCCAGCAUCUACGCCAAGCCCGUGCGUCUCGAAAGCGUUCUUGAGAACCUUGCCGACCUCGACGAAGCCAAUCUCGCUGCGCUGCGCCAACGCCUUGAAGAUGUCUACGAUGCCGGCUCACGCACCGAACGGCAUGCGAUUCCGUUCAGAGAUCAGUUGCAAUCGGCUUCCUCUAUGCUACCGAUGUGGAUCAACUUUACGCAUUUCGACAUGCUGCCCAAAGCGAUCAACAAGAUAACACCCGAAUUUCUCUGGCACUGCUGGAAGCGUGGAGUAGCCGUGCAAAUGGCGCACACACAGCAUGGCAUCGAUGGCAUCAUCCCGGUCUUUGUAGGUCAUCUCGACCGGCCCUUCGUUGAUGGUUCAUCCACCGAUGCCUCUAACAUCACUCUUGAGCCCAGAGAGGGCGAGAGGCACGCUGCGCGCUACAUGACCUACAUUGCCUGGGAAGCAAAGAACCGAAGGGAUCCACAGAGCACCACGGUCCCUGCUAGUUCAGCGCCUGUCGUUGCUGGACCGGUGAUCAAGAGCGCCUCGAUGGCACCGCCAAACGAGAAGCCACUGACCGAACAGGCUCUGUUGAUCGUGCUUUUCGACCUUGGCACAAGCACCGGGUUCAAGAAAGCGCAAGACGGCUCUCGACCGCAAGUGACGCCUAUUACCGGUCAACAGUGUCCUCGGCUGUGCAUUCGGGGUUUGCUCGGCCCGCACGCUUACCCCUGUCUCGACCUUUUCGAGGCCCGUUCAACCUUGGUGGAGAUUCUGUCGUCUAGCUCUGAUCCCGCACCAAACCCUCUCAACAUCAUCGAAAAGCCCAUGUGGAAUGAGCGCAUCCAGCCCGAGUCGGAUUCCAUUUAG